AUGCAAAAACAACUUCCCUUUUCAUGCGAAAUCGUUGAAACCAUUGAGAAGCCAGAUUCACAUACACAAAGAACACAGAACUUGCAGAUCUCUUCUUCUUUGUAUCCACAGUUGGCGGCUCUGAAGCUGGAUCCAGACCUUGACGACAACCCACCCUCCCAUUCUUCAGCACCACCACCAUACAACUCUGCAACACUCAACGAGAGAAGAGAAGCAGACUCCAUCAGGCUGCAACUACAAGCAAGCUCAGAAACAGCCCGUCCUGAAAUGCCUGGUCCAUCACAAGACUCUACAACCAACAUCCCUUCUCCAAUUGCACACAGACUAUGCAAUCCAAUAAAGACACAGCCUUCAACAUGGCUAUGGUUGAAGCAUCUGGACCACAAGGCGCAACUUUGUUUUUUUGUUGUUUUUUUUUUCUUCGCCCAUGGACUUCUGAGGACAUCACAGCCACUUCACAACAUCUGCCCAAACCCCACGGGAACAGACUGGCAAAGAAUAGCCGGAGAAUUCCCAAGUGCUGAUCUCCCCUGCAAACAUAUCACCUGGGAAGACGAAUCUAAUGUCCAUAGAGGAAGAGGACAUGGCCAUCACAAAAACUGGGAGAGAAAACUUCAAAAGGAUGUCUGUUUCCUGUGUGGCCAAAGUGGACAUUGA